UCCAAGUCUCAUUGCACAGCAUGCAACCGGGCCUUAUCCUGUGCAAAACAAGGGAUCAAGGAUGUAAAGGACCACUUGGAGACCAAGGCACAUCAAAAUAACGCUAAACAGCUACAAAAACAACCCACUCUGUUCCAGACCUGUGCCUCUACCCAAAAUGACAUUGAUAAGGUACCGCAGCUGUGCCUAUAUCUGUACAUGUACUAUCUCAUUCACGAUUUAUGCACGUUUGUUGUCCCGUUUUACCUUGCCCUUUCAUUUUGAAUUAGACUGCACAGAUCUGCGAUGGGGCAAUAAAACAUAGUACCUAGUGUGUUAACCGACUAAAUGCAUGGUUUUUUCUUUCAAAGGUAACUUCGGCCGAAGUAAAGAUGGCCAGCAGUGGAUACAUUUAACUCGCUGUUCAAGGAUAUAUUUCCCGACUCUAAAAUCGGCAAAGCAUACGCAUCAGGAAGGACGAAGACGACAUGCAUUGUGAACGGGGCAUUGAAGCCAUAUUUCAGG